AACUGUCUUAAAUCGUUUCGUGUCACUUACGUCACUUACCGGAAGUGACGAUCGCAAGUGACCCGCCUCCCCCUCUUCCUUCCUUUUUACGAUUGUAUUUAUUUUUUUUAAACGUUUUAAAUCUACUGGUUAUUACUUUGGGCUUUAUUUGUAUUGACUAUGUUCAAUUGGUAAGUGAAUUGUAGCUGGUUUUCGCUUCGUAGCCAAGAUGGCGAUGAUAGCCGCGCACUCGAUGAUGAGUGCAACAUCCGGGUACCGGCCGCUCACUGAACUGACGACUUCCUGCGUGAAGGCGCUGACGUACCUGAGUACGGAAGUGUGCACAUUGAGACACAGCCUCUGGAGACACGUCUCGAGCCUGCUAAACGUCGUAGGUAAGGCCAUGGCUCGUGGGCAUCAGAAGAUCCAGUCGCAGCAGAAGAACGCUAAGAAGGCGGCUGAGAAGAAGAAGUCUCAGGGCGCCGACCAGAAGACAGCGGCAAAAGUGGCUCUGGUCCAUACCUGUCCCGUCUGCAGGACCCAGAUGCCCGACCCAAAGACCUUCAAGCAGCACUUUGAGAGCAAACACCCCAAGUCCCCCAUGCCCCCCGAACUCGCUGACGUUCAGGCCUGAACCAACACAAGCUGACAAACCAGUUGGACGAAAGCAUUGACUUGUGGAGCAGUUGGAGGUCAGCACGCAGUGUGCUGUAAAGACAUUGAACCUGUGGAAGACAUGGACUGAAGAGUGUGUGUCAGAUAGUAAGAGCAACAGCCAACAAGUAUUUAUUGUAUGAAUCAGUUAUUGAGAAAGAUGAGUUUGAGUGUUGGUUGUUGCACAUUCUUCCUUUUUGUUGGACAGUUUGUGUGAGCAGGACGCUUACAAACCACUAAACGUCAUUCAGACGUCACAAGUACCUCACAUCCCUCCUUGUCCACCUGGGACACUUCCUGGUCUUCUAGCUGUCAAUCAUCAGACACAAUGCGUCCCUAAUCAUGUUUGACAUGUUGUGGCAGAUGAAUGAAUAAACAUACUAGCAGAC